AUGAAUUUGAAAAAGCUUCCUAUAAAUGUAGAGGACCCAUAUUCUAAUUUCAUAAGUACUAUAUCUGAUUUAGGUGAUACAUUAAAUACCUUAAAAUAUAAUUAUUCUGAUAUAAAAGAGAAAAUGCAUAAUUUCAAAGACAUUACGUAUAACCUACAAAAAGAUACUUCUAAUUUACAAAGUAAUAGAAGUGUUUCAGAAAUCGAUGAUGCAGAAGUAAAAGAUUAUAUUUGUAUGUUAGAAAAUAUAAAUUUUAAUAUACAAUGUUCAUUAAACAAUAUAAAAAGAUUUAUUAUCCAAAUAAAAAAUGAUUUUAUUUUCAUGAAAAAUCUCUCUGAAUUAGAAAAUGAUGAUAAGAAAUUUAAUGAAGAUCCCAGUACAAUGCAAAAUACAUUAACAAAUUUACCAGAUGAGCUAAAUAGUUCAUUAAACAGUGUUAUUGAUUCACAAAAUAAAUCCAUGAUUUUUCCAGAUGAUCCCAUUAAUUCGAAAAAUACUUUGGAAGAUUUACUAGAUGAAAUAAGUAAUUUAAAUAACUCAACCUAUGAAUCACAAGAUAGAUCUAUGUUAUUACAAGAUAAUCCAACUGAUACACAAAAUACUACCACGAAUUCACUAGAGAAAUUAACUGAUUCACAAAGCAAUACUACGGUAUUAGAUGAUGAUCCCAUUAAUUCGAUAAAUACUCUGACAGAUUUACUAGAUGAAAUAAGUAAUUCAAAUAACUCAAAAAAUGAAUCACAAGAUAGUUCUAUGUUAUUACAAAAUAAUCCAACUGAUUUACAAAAUACUAACGUGAAUUCACUAGAGGAAUUAAUUGAUUCACAAAGCAAUACUAUGGUAUUAGAUGAUGAUCCCAUUAAUUCGAUAAAUACUUUAACAGAUUUACUAGAUGAAAUAAGUAGUUUAAAUAACUCAACAAAUGAAUCACAAGAUAGGUCUAUGUUAUUACAAGAUAAUCCAAGUGAUUUACAAAAUACUAACACGAAUUCACUAGAGGAAUUAAUUGAUUCACAAAGCAAUACUAUGGUAUUAGAUGAUGAUCCCAUUAAUUCGAUAAAUACUUUAACAGAUUUACUAGAUGAAAUAAGUAGUUUAAAUAACUCAACAAAUGAAUCACAAGAUAGGUCUAUGUUAUUACAAGAUAAUCCAAGUGAUUUACAAAAUACUAACAUGAAUUCACUAGAGGAAUUAAUUGAUUCACAAAGCAAUACUAUGGUAUUAGAUAAUGAUCCCAUUAAUUCGAUAAAUACUUUAACAGAUUUACUAGAUGAAAUAAGUAGUUUAAAUGACUCAACAAAUGAAUCACAAGAUAGUUCUAUGUUAUUACAAAAUAAUCCAAGUGAUUUACAAAAUACUAACACGAAUUCACUAGAGGAAUUAAUUGAUUCACAAAGCAAUACUAUGGUAUUAGAUGAUGAUCCCAUUAAUUCGAUAAAUACUUUNACAGAUUUACUAGAUGAAAUAAGUAGUUUAAAUAACUCAACAAAUGAAACACAAGAUAGUUCUAUGUUAUUACAAGAUAAUCUAACUGAUUUACAAAAUACUAACAUGAAUUCACUAGAGGAAUUAAUUGAUUCACAAAGCAAUAUUAUGGUAUUAAAUGAUGAUCCCAUUAAUUCGAUAAAUACUUUGACAGAUUUACUAGAUGAAAUAAGUAGUUUAAAUAACUCAACAAAUGAAACACAAGAUAGUUCUAUGUUAUUACAAGAUAAUCUAACUGAUUUACAAAAUACUAACACGAAUUCACUAGAGGAAUUAAUUGAUUCACAAAGCAAUACUAUGGUAUUAGAUGAUGAUCCCAUUAAUUCGAUAAAUACUUUGACAGAUUUACUAGAUGAAAUAAGUAGUUUAAAUAACUCAACAAAUGAAUCACAAGAUAGUUCUAUGUUAUUACAAAAUAAUCCACCUGAUUUACAAAAUACUAACACGAAUUCACUAGAGGAAUUAAUUGAUUCACAAAGCAAUACUAUGGUAUUAGAUGAUGAUCCCAUUAAUUCGAUAAAUACUCUGACAGAUUUACUAGAUGAAAUAAGUAAUUUAAAUAACUCAACCUAUGAAUCACAAGAUAGUUCUAUGUUAUUACAAGAUAAUUCAACUGAUUUGCAAAAUACUAACACAUAUUUGUCAGACAAACUAAUGGAUUCACAAAAUAUUAAUGAUAUUUUACAAAGUAGUACCAAGGUACCACAGGAGAAUUCUAUUAAUUUACAAAAUAAUUCCAUGGAAUUACAAGAUUGUUCUACUAAUAUAGAAGGUAGUGCUUGUGAAUUCCUAAAUGUUGUCGUAAAUAUGCAACAAGAAUUAAGCAUUUUACACAAUGCUGUAUCUAAUUUAAAAAAUCAAAUCACUGUUUUAAAAAAUGACCCUAUUAAAUUUAAUAAUACUAUCAUAGAUUUAAAAAGUGAAUUAAAAACCAUACAAGACAAUGCAUCUAAUAUACAAGAGAAUUAUACUAUUUUACAUAGUAUUUUACAAAAAAUAGAAAAUAAUUCACAACAUCAUUCCGUGAAUAUGGAAAAUGAAUCUAAUAAUGCAGAAAAUAUAAGACAUAGUAGACAAAAUAGCAGUACAGAUACACAGAGUAAAAUUAUUAAUUUACAUAAUUCUACUUAUAUGGAACAUGAUCCCGAUAUGUUAAAAAACAUAAGCUACAAAUUAUUUAAUAUACCCCAUAGUUUAGAAGAAGUAGUUUUCGAUUUAGGAGAUAUUCCUCUUUUUUCAACAGAAGGGUUUAUUUGUUUACUUGAACAAAAGUUUGUUUCAUAUUAUAAUAAUCUUUAUCCUUGUUUGGAAAAAAAGAAAAAUCAAAUUUUAUCAAAGAGAAAUAUUAGAGGAAUAUCCAUACAUCAAGCUAAGAGAAGGAGACUUGAAGGAGAAGGCAAUAGAGAAGAAUGUUUUACUAAAAUUGAUGAAAAUAAUCUUGAGUGUAAUUCUAAAAGCAAUCACUACGAAAAUGUAAAAUGUUUAUUUGAAGAAACAUGUCUAAUUCUGUCAAAGGAAAUUUUUACAUUUGAAUAUCAUAACUUUUUAUGCAUAAUUAACAAUGCAAAUAGUAUUCAUGAAGGAUUAAAAAAAAUUGUGGAUGAUUUUUUGAAACUAUAUAAUUUAAGUAUUAAUAAUUUAAGAGAAUUUAUUGAGACAAUAUUAAAAAAUGUUGAUCAAAGCAUUUUAAGUAAGACAAUGUAUAAAAUAAAUUAUAAAAAUGUAAACCUAGAAAAAGUAUUAGACAAAGCUUCUAAAAAAGCAGAUAGACUUAAGAAAACAAUAAAAUUAUCAUCUAUAAAUUUAAAUGAAAUAAAUAAAAGCAUAGACGAAUUUUUACCUAAUUUAACUUGCCUAAGCGAAAAAGCAUGUAAUUUAAAUAAAGAUGCAAACAGUAUAAAAAAAAUAAUUGAUGGCAAUGUGCAUUCUCAAUUAAUAGACGAAAUACUAUUAUUAUCAACUGAUGAAAAAGCACAUUUUAAUAAAAUAUUUGAAAAUUUAGAUAAUUUGUUAAAUAGUGUUGAAGAGACACUCGACGAAGGAGAAUUUUCUAUAAAUAAUACACUAUUAGAAAAUGGUAUGCAAUUAUUGAAUUAUUCUAUGAAUGUUGUUCAUAAACAUUAUAGAAGUGUAUAUAUACCUCCAAAAUGUUUUGAUAUACUUAAUCUAUCAUAUAAAGAUAAUAUAAAAGUAACACAAAUUAUUUUUCAUUUCUUAAAUGAAGCAAAUAAGAAUAAUGUGGAAAUUUUUAGUUCAUCUCCAAAAUUAUCUAUUAAUAAUGAUAUUGCAAAAGCAAUUGAUGACAUUUUUUCUUAUGAACAAAAAUAUUUAUCAGAAUGUUACAAUAAAUUCUUUCAAUAUUUUAAUAUAGAUAGAAAUAAAGGUAUAGAUAAUACAUGGUUAUCUUCUUCAUUAAACAAUGAUGAAAAGAAGAUCAAAGCAAUCAAAUUACAUUCAGAAAUUAUUAAAUUAGUGAAAAAUAAAAAUUAUAUUUUCUUAUUGAAUUUAAUUAGAAAAAUAUAUAGAUUAAUAAAAUAUAUGGGAAGUAAAAAAGAUGUAGAAGAAUCCUCAAAAGAAGGGAAAUCAAUGGAAGAAAUAUUAUCAGAAAUAGAAUUACUUAAAAAUUUAUUGAAAUCAAUAAAAUUAAAUGCAAAAUGUAAAAGCAUAUUUAUUGCUGUAAAAAAAAAUUUAGAUAAUUUAUGUAAUUUAACAGACUCCAUUCAUAUGAAUAUGCAAAAUGCUUUGUUAAUUAUACAAAAAAUUAGUGAAAAAAUUAAAAAACACUUACUUAUGAAGAUAAAUGAGGAUGAUGGUGGAUAUAUAGAUGAGGGCACAAUUCUUUUGCUAUCAUAUGGUGUGGAAAUAAUUAAGAAAUGUAGCACAGAAUUACCACAAUAA